AAUUGCUCCUCAAAAAUAUCAAUUCACCAUGACUACGCAACAUCUCACAGCGACAGAUAUGAACCAAAAAUCAAGAAACCUCAGCAAUAUCAUAUAGAAUCCAGUCAAUAACUAGCGAAGUAAAAAAGAAGAAGAAAACGCAACCAUCUCUAACUUGGGUCCCAUAUUUCACCUAUGCUGGAGGAUUGAAAUUAUUUUUGUUUAACCUCUCUCUAAAUUCUCUGAUCAAUUUUAUUUGAGAUGUUAUGCUAACACCCUCCUCCACACCCCUCCCCCUCCAAAAAAAAGAAAAAAAAGAGACGCUCCUAGUUUCAUCUCCACCACUGUCAGCCUACAACCACCCAUGUCAACGGUGGGAGAAAACAACUCUGGAUGGUCUUUGUCGGGAACGACAACUCUAGCCACUGGUGGAAGAUGGUCCCUGUCGGGAGCAACAGCUCUAGUUACGGGUGGAACUCAUGGAAUUGGCCGUGCAAUUGUGGUGGAGCUAGCCCAACUCGGUGCCACAGUCCACACUUGUGCAAGAAAAGAAGCAGACCUGAAUGAACGCUUGCAAGAGUGGUCCUCCAUGGGAUUCAAAGUCAGUGGUUCAGUCUGUGAUGCAUCUUCAAGAGAGCAAAGAACUCAGCUCAUCGAAAAGGUGACUUCCAUCUUCGGUGGAAAACUCAACAUCCUUGUAAAUAACGUUGGAACAAGCAAAGGGAAGCCAUCUGAAAAAUUUACCUCUGAAGAGUACGACAUGAUGAUGUCUACAAAUCUUGAAUCUUGUUUCCAUUUUUCCCAACUCGCUUAUCCUCUCCUAAAGGCCUCUGGGAUCGGAAACAUAGUCUUCAUUUCCUCUGUUGCAGGUUUGGUAAGUAUACAAGGUUUAUCUGUUUAUGCAGCAGCCAAGGGCGCAAUGAAUCAACUGACCAAGAAUUUGGCUUGUGAAUGGGCUAAAGAUAACAUUCGCGUAAAUUGCGUUGCCCCUGGGGUCAUUAGGACCCAAUUAAGCCAAGCUGUACUCAAUUCUGAUGAAAAAUGGAAGAAAUUCAAAUCAAGAAUUCCAAUGAAUCGAGUUGGAGAGCCAGAAGAAAUUUCAUCCCUGGUAGCUUUCGUUUGUCUCCCAGCUUCUUCCUACGUAACCGGACAGGUUAUAGCUGUCGAUGGAGGACUGACUGUUAAUGGAGUCCAAUGGUCCCUGUCAGGGGCAACAGCUCUAGUUACCGGUGGAACUCAUGGAAUUGGACGUGCAAUUGUGGUGGAGCUAGCUCAACUCGGUGCCACAGUCCACACUUGUGCAAGAAAAGAAGCAGACCUGAAUGAACGCUUGCAAGAGUGGUCCUCCAUGGGAUUCAAAGUCAGUGGUUCAGUCUGUGAUGCAUCUUCAAGAGAUCAAAGAAUUCGGCUCAUCGAAAAGGUCUCUUCCAUAUUCAAUGGGAAGCUCAAUAUCCUUGUAAAUAACGUUGGAACAUGCAAAGCGAAGCCACCUGAAGAGUUUACCUCUGAAGAGUACGACAUGAUGAUGUCUACAAAUCUUGAAUCUUGUUUCCAUUUUUCCCAGCUCGCUUAUCCUCUCCUAAAAGCCUCUGGGAUCGGGAACAUAGUCUUCAUUUCUUCUGUUGGGGGUUUGGUAAGUGUACAAGGUUUUUCUAUUUAUGCAUCAACAAAAGGCGCAGUGAAUCAGCUGACCAAGAAUUUGGCUUGUGAAUGGGCUAAAGAUAACAUUCGCGUAAAUUGCGUAGCCCCUGGGGUUGUUAGGACCCAAUUAAGCCAAGCUGUACUUAAUUCUGAUGAAAAAUGGAAGAAAUUCAAAUCAAGAAUUCCAAUGAAGCGAGAUGGAAAGCCAGAAGAAAUUUCAUCCCUCAUAGCUUUCCUUUGUCUUCCAGCUGCUUCCUACAUAACCGGACAGGUUAUAGCUGUCGAUGGAGGACUGACUGUUAAUGGAGUCCAGUGGGACUAAUCAUUGAACCAUUCUCUCCUCAUUGAUGCAUUUUGAGGUAAAAGAAUGGCACGAGUUCGGUUUCUAUGGUAAAAUAUUAAGAAUUGGCUUGAAUAUCGUCGGUUGGUGUACUCAGCACUGUAUACUGUGUACUACUACUAUAUUCUACAUGCAUGUCAUAAUUUUAAAUAUUCCACUAUCUCCAGCUAAUUUGCCUAUUGAAUUAUUUUGUAUUGGUUUUUUCUA